GUUGAGGGAAGUCAUGACACGACCUUUUGGUGUGAAGGGGCGGAAGAGAAAGGACAAGGAAGCUAAAUAUGAUCGCGAAGAAGAUGAAGACGAACAUGUGCAACCUAAGAGACCUAUGCUCCAAAAUGAAGCACCAACACCUGAAGUAGGUAUCCCAAUUAUGCCUAGUGACCACAAGAGUGACAACCCCAAUGUCAUAUUCAUUCUUGAAAGGGCUUCUUUGGAAGUCGCCAAGGUUGGCAAGACUUAUCAGCUUUUGAACUCGGAUGACCAUGCCAAUUUCCUCCGCAAAAAUAACAAGAAUCCUGGUGAUUACAGGCCUGACAUUACUCAUCAGGCCCUUCUAUCUAUUUUAGAUAGCCCACUAAAUAAAGCUGGGAGGUUGCGAGCAGUAUACAUAAAAACUGAAAAAGGUGUUCUUAUAGAGGUUAAGCCCUAUGUUCGUAUUCCAAGAACAUUCAAACGGUUCUCUGGUGUCAUGUUACAACUGCUUCAAAAAUUGAGCAUAUCUGCUGCUGGCAAGCAUGAGAAACUUCUCCGCACAAUAAAAAACCCUGUGACUCAGUAUCUGCCUGUCAACUCACGAAAAAUAGGUCUUUCAUUCAGUUCAGAAAAGCUCGUAAAUAUGAAUGACUACGUAUCAACUGUUCCCAGCGAUAUGAACCUUGUCUUUGUGGUAGGAGCAAUGGCCCAUGGGAAGGUUGAGACGGAUUACACAGAGGACUAUAUAGCAGUUUCUGGGUACCCUCUAAGUGCUGCUUACUGUAUUACAAGGAUUUGCAAUGCCCUUGAGGCGAAGUGGAAGAUAUUGUGAUUUAGAUUCUUCAGUUCAUGCCUGAGAUACAUUUUUCCAGUUUCAGCAGUAUAUUCAUGUAAUAUCAGGGAUAGGCAGGCGGCCUAGCAGUAAUGUGGGAAAUCAAUUUCAAGAUUAGUUAACUGUGAGGUUUUUUGAGGGCCUGCUUUAUAUAUUGGACCAGAAUGGUGCUUUUAAAGUUUAUUGAUUGUCAAAGCUGUAUUUGAAUUAAUCAUACCUACCA